AUGAAGAAUUAUGAUUGUGAGAUGCUUUACCACCCGAGGAAAGACAAUGUAGUGGUUGAUGCUCUUAGCCGCAAGGAGGUUAUGGCUCCGAUCAUAGACAUAAGUUUGAGGAUGACCGUGAUUACUCUGUUGUUGGAGCAGAUUCGUGAGGCACAGGUCGAGACUAUGAACGAAGAGCACCGAAAGAGUGAGCACAUUGUGGUUCAUGUGGCUUCUUUCGAUUAUGAUAGUUAUGGAUCGUUGAGUCUUCAUCAACGAGUUUGGGUUCUGUAUUGGGGUGGUGUACACCAGAUUCUGAUGGAGGAAGCACACAAUUCGAGGUUCUCCAUCCAUCCUGAGGCGAAGAAGAUGUAUAUGGAUCCCGAGAAAUAUAAUUUGAGGAUCUCCAUCCAUCCCAGGGAUGUGGAAUGGUAUUUGGAGCGGUGCUUGACUUGUAGAAAAGUAAAGGCUGAGCACCAGCGACCUCACCACAAGAUGAAGCUAUUGGAGAUUCCCGUUUGA